AUGGAUUUGCAGAAAGUGAAUCAGAUUAUGAGAUGUCAGGUAGACAAGAGAACUCGUCGUUUUCUUCUUCAAGUGACGACUGUGCGUCAGCAAAUGACGACGACGACGACCAAACAACUAAAUUGCAGUGCAAAUACUUUUGUUGAAGUAAUGGAUGAGGCAUCAGAUAAUCCACUUCCUCCAAGCUUUGUGUAUGCAGAAGUACCAGGCCCUAAACAUAUACCAGCAAGUGCCACACCAAUUGAUUUUUUCAAUUUGUUCUUCUCGCUGCAGCUUUUUACGAUUAUGGUGACAGAGACUAACAGAUACGCUCGCCAGGUGAUUCAGUCAAUGCAUUUAUCGCCAAAUUCGAGAAUCAAACAGUGGCAACCAACAACUGUAGCAGAAAUGAGGGCUUUUACAGCAGUAAUUUUGAAUAUGGGACAUAAAAAACCGACGAUUUUUAGUUAUUGGUCAACUGAUGCAAACCUGUUGACACCGUGGUUUUCGCAAAUGUUUUCACGCAACAGGUUUCAGUUGUUGCUGCGGUUUUUCCAUUUUGUAGACAAUUCGAAACUUCACCCUCCUGGUCACCCAUUAUAUGAUCCAACAGCCAAAUUUCAAGUGUUGGUGGAUAUUGCCAACAAUGUUUUCCGUCGCUACUACACUCCACACCAGCAACUGAGUGUCGAUGAAAGUCUUGUUGGGACAAAGGCGCACUCACAGCUAAUCCAGUACCUUCCCAAUAAACAUCAUCACAGGUGGGGAGUCAAAUUUUGGAUGCUGUGUGAUUCAGUUGUAAAUUACUGCCUAGGGUUUUAUGCAUACCGUGGUGCAAAAAGUGAUGCUGACAAAAACGAAAUAAAAGAGAAUGGCCUGGGAUAUGUAGUCAUCAUGAAACUACUAGCUCUUGGGAGCUACAUGCAAAAAGGUUACCAUGUGUUUUGCGAUAACUUUUUUACAUCUAUUCCUCUGGCAGAAAAGCUGUAUUCAGUUGGCACUUAUCUAACGGGAACAAUUAGAAGAAACAGAAAAUUCCUGCCACGUGGUCUUCAGUCGAAUUAUGCUGUAGGUCAGCUAAAGUUUUUCAAGAAAUCUUUUAUACUUCUCUGUGGCUUCAGACAGAAGAAAUCACAGAGAAAUCCAGUCCUCCUUGUGAGUAAAUCAUCCUCUGCCACAUCAUCAGAAAAGACAAUUCGCAAUAGACAGUCGGUCAAGAAACCGGAUGUUAUUUUUUAAUAUAAUAAGUAUAUGGGUGGCAUUGACUCAUCUGAUAUGAUGGCAUGCUGCUAUUUAGAUGAGAGGAGGACUGUCAAGAUGUGGAAGAAAGUAGUGUUCAGCAUAAUUGCCAGGAUGUUGCUGAAUGCAUAUGUUUUGUAUAAGGAAAGCCUAAACCCCAGCGACAAACCACUGACACGGCUGAAGUUUAACAGCAUAGUCAUUUGCAAACUUUCUAAACAGUGGUUUCAGGCAAGGACUGCAACCACAAGUGCAAUAGAUAUAAAUGUACCUGCUCCAACAGUAUAUGGUGAAGAGACUCUUCCAGGGAGAAAGGAACGCUACUGUAGUGUUUGUUCUACGAAGGAUAAGAAGCGGCGUUCAUGA